AGUAGUUACAACCAAGCGUACGUUAGCAGUUAAACCUUGUAUAUGGUAACGGAGAAAGUGAUGAGAAUGGCGGAAAUCUCAAUGAAAAGCUUCAAUUAAUUCACCCUCCAACCUCUUCACUCUCAUUUCCGCUAACUAAUCUCUCUUUCCUCUUCCAAUUCCAUUAUCUGCACUCUCUUUAGCGUUCUCUCUCCCAUGGAUUCCACCGCUGCCAUUCGAUCCUUUCACUAUCCCAUAGGCACUAUAUCCCAUGUGCGAUCCUCGAUUGUUAAGGCAGCUGUAGUUCCCUGUCAGAAAGUCAGAUGGAACUCUAAUAUCAGGGGGAAGAAAACACUGGUUUCAUGUGCAAAAACAGUUGAAGCUAUCAAUGCAACAAAGUCUGAUGCUUCUUCGGACAGCACUCCACAAAACUCAUUAGACAAAAAGCCAUUGCAAACUGCUACUUUUCCUAAUGGAUUUGAGGCUUUGGUAUUAGAGGUCUGUGACGAGACUGAAAUUGCUGAACUGAAAUUAAAGGUUGGUGAGUUUGAGAUGCAUCUUAAGCGAAACAUUGGAGCAAACACUGGAGCAUCAAAAGUUCCAUUGUCUAACAUUUCACCAACUACACCACCACCUAUUCCAAGUAAACCAAUCUACGAAUCAGCACCGGAUACCCCAGAGCCAUUGCCACCGAUAUCAUCUCCAGAAAAAACCAACCCAUUUGCAAAUGUUUCAUCACAAAAGUCAUCAAAGUUGACAGCAUUGGAGGCUUCUGGUGCCAAUACAUAUGUGUUAAUAAAAUCUCCUACGGUCGGUUUAUUCCGAAGAGGUAGAACAGUGAAAGGGAAGAGGCUUCCUCCUAUCUGUAAAGAGGGUGAUGUAAUCAAAGAAGGGCAAGUGAUAGGGUAUAUAGAUCAGUUUGCCGCUGGACUUCCCAUUAAGUCAGAUGUAGCUGGAGAAGUGUUAAAGCUACUCGUUGAGGAUGGAGAUCCUGUUGGUUAUGGAGAUCCUCUUAUUGCUGUCUUGCCAUCUUUCCAUGACAUUAAGUAAUCCAGCAUUUUCGUGCUAAUGAAGAUUUAACUAUGAGGCAUUUCUUUAUGAGGGUUAUUGGCAUAUUUUGGUACGUUUUGAAUAGAUUAAGAAAUAAUUGUUUGUGAUUACAUAUUGGGGAAACGGAUUCUUUUGUAGAAGAUUGUACUUUGUAUACCAAUUGCUGAAGUUGUAUUCUUUUUUUCUUUUUGGUCGAAAGAGAUAACCUUAUUAUGUAUCUUUAGUGAAUGUAUGCAAACCAAAACGCCUUGCACACUAUGAACCAAUCAUUGUAUCUGGAGUUUGAUUGCUUGAUUGCUUUUUUCUCUCUAAAAAAAGGGCGUAGAACUUA